GUUAGUUAUAAUCUUCUGUCAUGUGACCAAGGGACGCGGAAGUUUUGAUCUGGAAGACCUGUGCAGCUUCUUCAGUCUGUGAUGCGAGGAAAGAAAAUCGUCUUGUUUUAAAGUUUAGAGCUCGACUUUCUAAAUGGGCAGGAUGACUCAGAAGCACCACCUGGAGGGCCAGGUCUAUUCUGUGCCACUGAUCCAGCAGGACCUGCGGAGGGAAGAGGCCAUGCACCAGAUCACUGAUGCCCUGCAGUACCUGGAAAAUAUCUCGACUGAUAUCUUCAGCAGGGUGUCUCAGAGUGUGGAGAGGAACCGCGCUCACCUUCAGGCCGUCACUGACCGCAUUAAACUGGCUCAAGCUCGAGUUCAAAAGAUUAAAGGAAGCAAGAAAGCCACCAAGGUGUUUUCCAGUGCUAAAUAUCCUGCUCCUGAGAAACUUCAGGAUUAUUCUUCCAUAUUUACGGGUGCUGUAGAUCCAGCAUCUCAGAAACGACCUCGCUACAAAGUUCAGGGCAAGCUCCGCCCCCUGGAUGACAAGGCCUUACAGGAGAAGUUGAUGUAUUUUCCAGUCUGUGUGAACACUAAGAAACGCUCAGAGGAUGAGACGGAGGAGGGACUGGGGAGUCUGCCAAGAAACAUCAGCUCCGUCAGCUCUCUGCUGCUCUUUAACACCACAGAGAACCUGUAUAAGAAGUACGUGUUCCUGGAUCCUCUGGCGGGAGUCGUCACUAAAACCCACAACACACUAGAGACAGAGAAGGAGGAAAAGCCGUUUGACGCGCCACUGUCUAUCACUAAACGAGAGCAACUAGAGAGACAGACUGCAGAGAAUUAUUUCUAUGUGCCAGACCUGGGGCAAGUGCCCGAGAUCGAUGUGCCCUCUUAUCUGCCCGACCUGCCUGGCAUCGCCGAUGACCUCAUGUACAGCGCUGACCUCGGCCCAGGCUUCGCCCCUUCUGGUGCUGGCAAUGCGACCAUGCCAGAGCUGCCCUCUUUUGGCACAGAACAGGAAGAAGGCUCCCAGUUUCGAUCCGAGGCUCCUCCUCCACCUCCGCCUCCACCUCCUCCACCCCCUCCUCCUGAGUCUCCUCAGGUUACAGCUCCUCCCCUUGGAGCUCCUCCAGCCCCGCCUCCUCCUCCUCCACCGCCUCCCGCUGUUCCAGAUGACACAGGUGGCGGAGGUGUGUCCAGUCAUGCCCCGCCCACAGGUGCAGUAAAAGGUGCCCCUACAGAGGUUCUGCAGCCGUCGGAUGGGCGAGCCAGCUUGCUCGAGUCUAUUCGUAACGCUGGCGGCAUCGGUAAAGCCAAACUGCGCAAUGUUAAAGAGCGAAAGAUGGAGAAGAAGAAACAGAAGGAGCAGGAGCAAGUUGGAGCAGCAGCCAGUGGAGGAGAUUUCAUGUCCGAUCUCUUUAAUAAAUUGGCCAUGCGGAGGAAAGGUAUCUCAGGUAAAGUCCCAGGAGGCGGAGACGCGGCAGAACCGCCUGGCAGCUCCGGCAGCGCGUUCGCCAGAAUGUCAGACGUGAUCCCGCCCCUUCCUGCUCCUCAACAGCCAACUGCGGAGGACGACGAUGACUGGGAGGCGUAGCCAAAACAGACCACUUAUGAAUGACUCUUUAAGAAUUGAAAGCACAGAUGAACGUUUUGAAGCUGCGGCAACACGACAGACGUGAAUUAGACAGGCCACGUUAAAAUAAGUUCAAAGCUUUUUAUGUCGCCUAACUUGUGAUCAUUUGCUAAAAAUACAAAUUUGUAUCAGUGUUAAAAUGAUUCGAUUAUAAGUCUAGAUGAUGUAGGGAAAAUCUGUGUAUAUGUAAUCUCAUCCUUAUCCUCAGCUUUUUUUUAGUAGCACAAUCAGAUUAUUGGUAUUUUUUGCCAUGCUAAUGUGUGGCGGAUUUAUAAAAUGGAAUAUUUAUGCAGUCAAUUCUCCUGUAAUAGAGAAAAAAAAACUAUAAAAUGUCAACAUGGUACAUUCCCUGACUCAGUAGUACUGUGUAUAGCACUGGAGAGGUUGUCUAACUCUGCACUCCCACUGGCAGCGACACAACACGACAACGCAUCAGUUAGAGGUCGCAAACAUGACGUGCUACAUUAGCAACUUUGUUAGAAGAGGAUAAUCAUAAACCUAUUCAUUGCACUUAACUAGCUGACUAGUUCACUGUAUGUUGUUAUAUUACUACUUUUUAGUUUGGUCAGUUUCCCAGCAACCAAAACAUGGGACUGGGCGGAAAACUGGAGCUUUUACAUGCCCAGUGGUAUAAUGGGUUUAUGAUUGAUCCAUCCCUGUAUAUGAAAAGAUAAAAAUACUCAAAAUAGGAAGGAAAUGUGUGAAAUCUUAUUCAGUAUAAAAUCCGGGCCUCUAAAGAGUGAUUUGUGUAAUUUGUGUAAUUACAUUCUUUACGCACUGAUUAUUUUCUUCCAUCUGCUGGGAAAACACAUGGCUCAAGCGCACUGUGUGCACGAAGCCUUAAAUGAAGUUCUGGAUUUCUAAAACCAUCUGAGAAAUAAAGUCGUACAUCAGCA